AUGCCCCACAACAAAGGAAAAACGGUCGGAAAGAUGGACAGGGUUGCAAAGAAUCUCAGUCGCCUUGAGACUAAGCUUCGUCAUGUACAACGAAACGAUAAUUGUGGAAGGCUCGGCCCCACUGGGCAUGCGAAGAAGCUAAUUGACAAGCCCAAUGGUCAGGCAGGGAGAUCAGAGCUAAAAGGAGGGUAUAAUCUUCAACAAGCGAUGGGAUUGGCCGGUGACAACUGGAAAUAUAAUGCGUUUAGAAUGAUCGCACGGCGAUAUACGAAUCGAUACCUCGACACGGAGAAAACUCUCAAAGAGCAGGACAAACUCACUGUCACACUCCUUUUAUCAUGUAUUGUGUCCUUUUCUGCACAGCGCAAACACCAGUUUCUGGCAAAGUUCCGUGAUAAUUGGCCAUUCAAUGACUUUGUGGCUAGUUAUCUUUGCAAUCAUGUCCAAUACACAAAGAAGCAUGCAAGUGAGGACGACUCAGAGACAGAUGACUCAGAUCUCAGUGACGGGGAACUUGAUGACAUGCUUAAUGAUGGUGACAAUACUUCAACCUCAACUUCACGACGAAAACGACACCAGCGCAUACAUGAUUCAGAUGAUUCAGGGACUGACGAGGAGCACAACUCACGACCUCAAAAAAAACUCAAGUUCGCACAUGUGUCUAUUCCUGCUCGUGCAAAGCCAGCUCCAGCACCUCGCAUAAAGCCAGCUCCAAAGUCAAGGAUGACCCAGGCUCCUUCUCGCCAUCUAGACCUGCCGCUGCCCACUCCAACCCGUCCAGACCCACCACCUGCCACCAAGUCGAAGCCAAUAUCCUCAUCAGACACAUGCACCACGAAGGUUGCAACAGAAGGUCCAUCAACUACCAAGCCGAAAGCAAAAGCUGUGCCUAUUCCUCGCAGCACUCGUGCCAAGACCAAGCCUAAACCACUGGCAACUGAAGCCUCUGCGGCACAUCUCAAGAUUGACACUGCCAUCAAUGAUGAUGAUGACACUUAUGAGUUUGCUGACCUCCCCUUGGUCUGUCCGAACGAUAACUGCAGGGAUCUUGUGCCGGCAGACCCCAAUAUUGAGCUGGUCAAACAGCUUCGACAGUGGAAUUCUUUCAAGAACACUAACCGCUGUUUGACAUCAGAGGGUCUACGGCUGGAGCUCGAGAUAUGCGCAGCACUUCGACAACUGCGUGAAGAAAAGCUCAAUAUUCAACGCGCCAAAGCACGAGGAUGGCCAACUAUCAUCACCUGGGAGACCGUCUCAGAUCGAGUCCUCCAAAUGGAGGCUGAGUUGAAUCUCAUGAUUCACGAUAAGAACACAAGGCGCUACAGUUUUUUCAACGACAUGUUUCUUGAAGAUCUUUCUUCCACAGGUCUGCAAAGUGACUCCGCCGAACGAGAAUUUUCCAAGCUGGCCAUCACUAGCAGACAGCGCAUACCGGCAAUGGUUACAAAUCACGCUCGUCCUGGAUACUACGGGGAGAAAGGAAAAGCGAUAAUCCAGUCUGCGAUAUUUUCCAUGUUCGACCAUGAACAGAUUUCCAACGAGGCCUUCGCUCCCCUUGACUUCAAGGUCUAUAUCGAAUACUACCUCAUACCUUGGGUCGCUAUCCACUUAAUAUCGAAGGACCUUGAAUGCAGUCUAGAAGAGGCAUAUGAAGAGAUGAUUGCUAGCGCUGAUUCAGGUGUUUCUUUGCAUCCAAUGACCGAAGAAGACUCACGCAUUGAAAGAAUUACACGCCAACACUGUGUAAUGGCUGCCGAGAAAUGGGUUGAGAAGGUCGAGCGCUUCCGCAAGGAGAUGAAUGAUGAAAUCGAGAAGGGAAAGGAGGAACAGAGGAUGCAUGACGAUUUAGCUGCAAAGAUUGCUGCCAAGCACACACGCAAAGUGCCUGUUGCUUCCAAAUCGCAACCAACAGCGGGUCCUUCAAAAUUUCCUGGAUCAUAUGAUGAUGCAGCAUAUGAAGACGACGACGAAUCAGAGCUCUCUGAACUGCCUGAGAGCAUCCAGGUUACCCCGGUACCACGGCCUAAACCUUCACGUGCACGACCAGCAAGGCGAAGGAUGAGCCAUCCGCCCCCACCGGGUCUUCGUCUGCUCUUCGGUCCUUCAUCUUCAGCCCUUCAUCUCUGCUCUUCGUCUCUGUUCUUCAAAGUGGUCUCUGCUCUUGGGUCUUCCGUCUUCGGCUCUUCGUCUUCGGCCCUUUGUCUCCGCUGUUGGCACUGCCCUAAUGCUGCAUUACGAUUGGACAAUUCUAAUGAUGGCCUCAGUCUUUUCCAGUGA